AAUGGACAAUGUGACAGGCGGCCUAGAGACGUCCCACAGGAGAUACACAGAAAAGCUCACAGAGGUGGAGAGUGACCUGAAAAAAUUAGGACAAUCAGUUCCCAUUUAAAUGGACUUGCCAUGGAGGAAGGUAAAAAGGUUUUGGGGCAGUGUGUGUGGGACGCACAAAGCUAAGAUCGCUGGACAACAGGGUCACAGCAUGUGCUGAAGGGAAGGCAGCCCACGGGGAUUAGCUCAGUGGGGGCCUGGAGGUUGUCAGAGCUGUGUGAGGAGCACAAUGGAACCUGAGCUAAAGCCAAGAAGGAAACAUAGGGUAAGAGCUGAGAAGAACCCAGAGUGAGACAAGUGGCAGGCAGAGGAACUGUGCUCAGGAAGAUGCCUGUCCACUAAAGGCUCUAAACGCUUCAGACUACAAUCUCACAAGCCACCACUGGGUGUUCUCCACUCAGACACACCAGAAGAAGGCUCCAUACACAGCUGCAUUCGCUGGAGUUUGUGGAAAGCUUCCUGCUUUCCUUUGCAGGCAUCUGAAAUCAUGGGCUUCAGAACGCAUAGUUCAUAACUACAGCUACAGUCAGAUGAGGACACAACUGUGCGGUCUGCAGCUAGGAGAGGGAAGUGACUGGGCUCAAGGGAAAAUUUCUUCCCUGAAAAUGAGUGCUGAGUGCUUAUGGCCUUGGCUUCUGUGCCCUGGCUGUGGAGCUGUGCAGACUCAAAAGCUUCAUACUCAAGACAGGCUUUCAGAAGUAUGCUGCAGGGCAGUGCAAGGGAUAGCAAAACUAGGAAGUUUUGCCUUUCUCAAACUGGGCACAUGAGGAAACGGUAACAGCUAAACCAGUGUCAUUAAAGGCAGCAGAACAGGAACAGGUCGAGUUCUGUCCUGUCUGGGGCAGAUUGCAGUCAAGGUUUGUGUCUCUGAACCAGAUUGUUUUAAAAUAAGUAGUGGAAACUUUUUUAGACUAAAUCAAGUAUCUUAAAGAAUAGAGCUGUGUGCACUGGAGCACAGUGAAAGGGAGGAAGAAAAUAGGAAAAGGUAACAUUUACUUGUGAGCUUUCUGAAAAUGUAGUUGCAGUGUCCCAGUGCCCUCACUGGUGCCUCUUGAAGGCUCUGAAUUCCGCCUGCCACUCAGUUCUCACUCAGAAUGCAGCACGACUGGCUGCAAGUGCUCAGUUUCUAACAGUAGUUCUUCCCACAUUUGGGAAUCACCAUUGUGCUCUCCUCAGUGAGACAGGAGGAGCCUUGAUUGCUCUUGGAAUUUUAUCCCAACCUGGGGCAGGAAUUGGCUCCCUUCUCGGAAGGACAGCACAGAAAUUCUAUUGACAGAGCAUUCUGACAACCUGAGUGUGUUAACAGACACUGUGCUGCUUUGAGCUGUGUUGUAAAGCACUCCAUCUGAAGCUUGCCAAUGUUUUUUCCUUCUGCACUAGAUGACCAAGCUGGACAGAAGGCCAUGAGCACUAACACUGAGCUGUCCAGCUUCAGAGCUGACAUUCUGGCUCUUCGUCAGCAGCUCCAUGACAUCGUAGAGAAAACCAGCAGGAACAAAGACACCCUGGAGAAGCUGCAGGAGUCUGGCAGUGUGUUAGAUGAUAGACAGAGCCAGAUGAGGAGUACUUUGGACAGUAACUCUUUCAUGAUCAUCAGUGUCAAUAAGACUCUUCAGGCAUAUACUGGCUACAUCAACAAUCUUCAACAGGACACGAGUGAUAUCCAAACAAACUUACAAAACCAAGUGCACUCUCAUAAUGUGGUCAUCAUGAACCUCAACAACUUAAACCUGACCCAAAUCCAGCAGAGAGAUCUUAUCAGUGUGCUGCAGAAGUCAAUGGAAGACACCAGCCUAACAAUCCUCAGGAUCAAGAACGAUUUCCAGACUCUGCAGCAGGUUGUCCUGCAGGCCCGGAAGGACACUGACUGGCUGAAGGAGAAAGUGCAGAACUUACAGGCUUUGGCUGCCAACAACUCAGCCUUGGCAAAAGCUAACAAUGACACACUGGAGGACAUGAACAAUCAACUCAGCUCCUUCAGUGGGCAAAUGGAGAACAUCACCACCAUUGCUCAAGCCAACGAGCAAAAUCUGAAAGACCUCCAGGAACAGCACAGAGAAUAUGAAAACAGAACUUCUGCCAAAUUCACCCAGCUGGAAGAGAGGUUCCAGGUCUUCGAAACUGAUAUAGUCAAUAUCAUCAGCAACAUCAGCUACACUGCUCAGCACCUGCGGACACUGACCAGCAACCUCAACGAGGUCAGGAGCACCUGCACAGACACUCUGAGCAGGCACUCAGACGAGCUGGUUGUCAUGAACAGCACGCUGGCCAGCAUCCGCCUGGACUCGGCAUCUCUCAAGGUGCAGCAGGAUCUGAUGAGGUCGAGGCUAGAUGUGGAAGUUGCCAAUUUGUCAGUAAUCAUGGAGGAGAUGAAGCUGGUGGACUCCAAACAUGGCCAGCUCCUCAAGAACUUCACUAUCCUGCAAGGUCCUCCUGGUCCAAGGGGACCUAAAGGUGACAGAGGCCCUCAAGGUCCUCUUGGCCCUGCUGGCCUAAAAGGACAAAAAGGAGAGAAAGGAGAGCCUGGACCACCAGGACCUGCGGGUGAGAAGGGUCCACCAGGACCAGCUGGGCCACCAGGAGAAAAAGGAGGGAAAGGUUCCAGAGGAUCACCUGGCUCCAAAGGUCAGAGGGGUUCCCCAGGGAAAACAGGUCUGCCUGGGCCAAGCGGAGUCCCAGGGCCACCAGGGCCGCAAGGCAAAGAUGGGCCACCAGGACCACAAGGCCCACAAGGAUUUCAAGGCCUGCAAGGAACUGUUGGGGAGCCAGGGGUGCCAGGACCUCGAGGACUGCCUGGGGUACCUGGAGUCCCUGGGCUGCCCGGGCCAAAGGGCCCACCUGGCCCCCCAGGGCCACCAGGACCAGGGAAGCCAAUGGCACUGCAGAGUGAACCCACGCCAGAGCCCGAAGCCAACGGUUGCUCACCUCACUGGAAGAACUACACAGAGAAGUGCUACUACUUUUCAGUUGAAAGAGGAAUUUUUGAAGAGGCUAAGUUGUUCUGUGAAGACAGGGCAUCCCACCUGGUUAUCAUAAACAACAAAGAGGAGCAGCAAUGGAUAAAGAGGCAGAUCUUUGGGAAAGGCAGCUUCUGGAUCGGACUCACGGACUCAGAGAAGGAAAACGAAUGGAGAUGGCUGGAUGGGUCCUUACCAGUUUACAAAAACUGGAAAACUGGGCAGCCUGAUAACUGGAGCCAUGGGCACGGGCCAGGGGAAGAUUGUGCUGGACUAAUCUAUGCUGGGCUCUGGAAUGACUUCUACUGUGAAGACGUUAACAAUUUCAUUUGUGAAAAAGACAUGAACAAAGAGCAAAUAUUUGGAGUGUAAUUGGCUGUGACUUUACAAAUACCUACAUAUGAUGGAAAUUUACUUAAAGAAGAAAUUCCUGGGAGAGAGCAACAUUGCCUACCAAAACUGAGGCAAAAAAAGCCUUAAAAAAGCAAGCACUGAGAACUGAUUCAAACAUGUGGAGGAAUUCAGCAGCAGCUCUGCUGCAGCAUCCUGCAAGUAUUUGAGACCUUUCAAUCCACAGCAUCAGGAAAUGCCUUUGAACUCCUUCUAUUAGAGGUUUUCUUCCCAACCAGUGAGCAGCUACAGAAGCAGCCUUUGUCUCCUGAGAGCAGCCAUUCUGCCAGUCUGAGUGAGACUGUUGGGUGCUCACGUCUGAGGUCAUAGCAAGCAGCUGUGUACAGUGAGAUCCCAGCCAUAGGAAAAGGCCACAGAUAACGAAUAUAUAGAUUUUUAUAUAAAUAUAUAUAUAGUCCAACUCCUAUCAACAGUAUGGAAUAUACUUUAAAGAGCUUUUAAAACUUUGUAUUUUUGUACAAAACAGUUGCUUUUUACAAUUGUUCUCUUUUUUACUGACUUCUGUUUUGGUUUGUUUUGUGUUACAAAUAUAGUGCACAGGGGCCAAAGAAAACAAUAAAGGUACUAACCAUUCAGUAAGGUUUGCUGCCAGGCCCAGCUCAGCUCUAGAGAAACAUUUUUCCAGAUAGAUGCCUUGUUCUGGUAAAAGAGCUUCUGAGGCAGCCUUUAGGUGGUGCUUUCCCUACCGUAUGCAGCCCAGGACCAAUGGGCACAGCUCUGGCCGCAGCCAGUGCUCAGCAGGGCACCAUGCAAAGGCCAUGUUCCUUCCUCCCCUCCUGCCUGCCUGUUUUCUGCCUUCCUUCUGCUCGUGGGAAAAUGCCACAGAGGUAAACUGGCAGCCUUUAAGAAUGAUUUGGAAAUGUUUUCAUUGCUUUUCCCUUCUCGUGAGGAAUUCUACCCUAGCAGGUGCUGCUCAUAUUGCAAGUGGUGGCCAGAUGAAGGGUUUGAGAGGAGAGAAAGCGAGGAGCUGCACACACUGAAAUCUGACAGAUUUCAAACUCUGCCUCGCUCAGAACAGUCUAACCUUGCACUUCUCGAAGUGCUCUGUACAUUGAUCUCUGCUUUCUUGGACCUGUGCUUCCCUCUCAAACAAACUAGAAAAUAAAUUACACUGCAAAACAGAA